GCUCUAUUCGUUCUUCAGCAGCGAAUUUACCGAGACUCCCCCUCCCCAACACACACACACUUACACACAUCAAAUGUCGUCGUACAAGCAGUUCUCGUCGUACGGAUCAACAUCCGCAUCCGUGAAUGUGAAUGCAAACCAGGCAGACAUCCUGGCGCAUGACCGAGUGGUCAAGCACGGCCCGUACAUGCUCGACCUGCACGUCGACCACCUGCACUCGACCAAGUCGCCCGAGAUGGCCCAGAGCGACUCUGAAGCGAAUCUGUCGCUGCGUGAGGAGGUCGUCGAGCUCGAGAACGCCGCGCGCACGGACGCCAGCGCCGAGGCCGCGGAAAAGUCGCGCGCCACCGUCCACAUCCCCGACGACGAGUCCACGGCAUUCAGCUUCAAGAAGCUCUGGGCAUUCUCUGGUCCGGGCUUCCUCAUGUCCAUCGCUUACCUCGACCCGGGCAACAUUGAGUCGGAUUUGUCGGCCGGCGCAACUGCCGGAUACAGCCUCAUCUGGGUCUUGUGGUGGUCGACCAUCAUGGGUCUUGCUCUGCAAAUUCUGGCGGCGCGCCUGGGCGUCGUCACGGGCAAAAACCUCGCGCAGGUCUGCCGCGACCACUACUCCCGCCCCGCACGCUACGCGCUGUGGGCCAUGACCGAGCUUGCCAUCAUUGGCAGCGAUAUUCAAGAAGUCGUCGGCUCUGCCAUUGCCAUCCGCAUCCUCUCCAAGCAAGCCAUCCCGCUCUGGGGCGGUGUUUUGAUUACUGCCGCAGACACCUUUACCUUCCUGUUCCUCGAAGGCUAUGGCCUCCGAAAGCUCGAAUUGGUGUUUGCCAUCCUGAUCGCCAUCAUGGUCGGCGCGUUCGGUUACAUGUACGGAGAAAGCACAGCCAGCCAAGUGGACGUGCUCAAGGGCCUCGCCGUCCCUUCCAUUCCUUCGGGCACGCUCGAGCAGGCCGUGUCCCUGGUUGGCGCUGUCAUUAUGCCCCACAACAUCUUUUUGCACUCGGCCCUCGUCCAGUCCCGCCAGAUUGACCGCAGCAAGGAGAAGAAGGUCACCGAAGCCAACAUGUACUACCGCAUCGAGUCCACCAUUGCCUUGGUGCUGUCCUUUGUCAUCAACGUCAUGGUUGUCGGCGUGUUUGCGUCGCUUGUGGCGUCGGGCUCGGAUGGCAACUGCGGCUCGGACAUUGACCUCUUCAGCGCUGGCAACUGCCUCGCCCAGCAGUACGGCGACACCUUCCUGUACAUUUGGGCUGUCGGUCUCCUUGCUGCCGGCCAGUCCUCCACCAUGACGGGCACCUACGCUGGUCAGUUUGUCAUGAACGGCUUCCUCAAGCUCGACAUUAAGCCGUGGAAGCGCGUUCUCCUCACCCGUUCCAUUGCCAUCAUCCCCGCCGUCUCGGUGGCCGCCGUCGCACACAAUGGCGACGGCUCGCUCUCGUCGCUCGGCGAGUGGCUCAACAUUUUGCAGUCCAUCCAGCUCCCGUUCGCCUUGCUGCCCAUUCUCAUCUUCACCUCAUCCGAGCGUGUGAUGGGCUCCUGGCGCAACGGUCGCAUUCUGCAGAGCGUGUGCUGGGCCAUUGGCUUUUUGGUUCUCGGCAUGAACGUCUACCUCAUUAUCGAUUUCGUGCAAACCUCCUUCCCCGACCUGAUUGAGCUCUACGUCCUUGUCGGCGUUCUCGGCGCUGCAUACAUGAUCUUUAUCUGCUACUUGAUGAAGGACUCGGUUUGGUACAUCUGGCUCGUCUCCAAGCUCUUCAACCGCCAAAUCCACUCCAACCUGUACGAGACUUCUCAAGCUGGGCAACCCUCGGACAAGACCAAGCUGCUCGGCGCUGCGUAUUAGGCUGGCGUUUCUUAGUUAACAUUCUUUCAUAUUUCUUUUCUUCAUCUUUUUUGAAUUCUUCUUGCUCUGCAGAGAACACACCCUGCAGCGGCGCCCGCGACGGUCGUUCUAUUCGACUACCGCAUUAUCGUUAACAACCUUUUGUUUUUGUUUGUUUGAAAUCUUCAGUUUUGUGCUCAUGGUUUGACGGCGAGACUAUCUCUCGUUGAAACUGCAGCAUUCUCUCUCUUAUUCACCUUUUUUUUCUCGGUGUACCAUUCUUUUGUUUGUAUGUGUGCGUGACGUGUUGUUUGUUGCGAUUUUUUUUCUGUUCCCCUUGAUCUUGAAGGUGCUUCGGCUCAUGAGCAGCUUUUUUCUUUCUGCUUCCCUUCUCUACUCUCCGACAACAUUGUUGGGUGUCCGGCUUCUUGCGUGCAACACCAAUGUUUGUGUUCAUGCCUGAUGUCUGCUAUCCCUUCCGUUGCUCGAAUUGGAGGAAGGAUUGCGGUUGGUUGUUUGUGAGUGGAGAGGUGGCCCGCAUGCAUCGUUAUUUGUUUAUUAUUUUCAUUUAUAAACAUCUCCCUAGACUCAAUGCUCG